UACCUAACUCGCCAAAUGCCAAAUCAUUUUCCACAAGUUAAAAUAUAACAAUGGACUAUAUGUGCCAACACACUCGUACCAUCAAGUUUUCUUUCACAAAUCUGAGAAAAAGGAAUGGUGAACAUGAGUGAGGUAAGUCACCAAAGGAUCAAAACCAAUGGAAUAUGGAUGCACAUAGCAGAACAAGGGACAGGGCCUCUUGUGCUUCUUCUCCAUGGCUUCCCCGAAAUAUGGUACUCGUGGCGCCAUCAAAUUGGUUACUUGGCUAAACAUGGCUACCAUGUGGUUGCACCAGAUAUGAGAGGCUACGGUGACACUGACUCACCUCUCAGCCCUAGCUCAUACUCUCUUCUUCAUCUUGUUGGAGACCUUAUUGAUCUUCUUGACCAUUUUGGUCAACAACAGGCAUUUGUGGUGGGACAUGACUAUGGAGCAAUUGUUGCUUGGCAUCUGAGUCUGUUCCGGCCUGAUAGAGUCAAGGCAUUAGUUGCACUAUCUGCUCCGUACUUUGAACCAUCUUCAAGUAUCAGGAGUAUUGAAUCUUUCAGGCAAGGUUUUGGUGAAGGAUGUUAUGUUUGUCAGUUUCAGGAACCGGGAAGGGCAGAAAGAUCUUUUGCGAGAUAUGACUAUUUGACAGUGAUGAAGAAGUUCUUGCUGUAUAACAAGACAGAUUAUCUGGUAGCUCCACCUGGGAUGGAGCUUAUAGAUUAUCUGGAGACACCAGCAAAAUUGGCACCAUGGAUAACUGAGGAGGACCUCCAAGUCUAUGCUGAAAAGUUUGAGGAAUCUGGUUUCACUGGUGCUCUCAAUUAUUUUCGAACCCUUGAGUCGUACUGGGAGCUAAUGGGACCAUGGCGAGGAAAAAGGAUUAGUGUUCCAGCAAAGUUCAUUGUAGGUGACAAAGAUAUUGGUUAUGAUGCUCUGGGCACCGGAGAAUAUGUGAAAGGAGAUGUUUUCAAGAGUCUGGUACCAAACCUGGAAGUCGUAAUCUUAGACGGUCACCAUUUUAUCCAGCAAGAGAAACCUCAGGAAGUCUCCCACGAAAUUCUCUCCUUCAUAAGCAAAUUUUCUACAGAAUAGAGUUUCUUUUAGUCUGAAUCAGAUUUUUCAGUAUCAAUACAAAGUAUGAGAUUCUUAAUCUGUUUUA